CCGGGAGCGGCGGCGGGGCCGCGCCGGGGCGGGCGGGGCCGCGCUGGGGCGGGCGCGGUGCCGGCGCUGCCCGGCCGGCGGGGCGGGCCCGCACUACAAGUCCCGAGAGGCGGCGGGCGCGGGCCGGGCCGGCUCCGCUCCGUGCGCGGGGCGCGUCCGCGGCGGGCGAGGCGAUGCCGGCGGCGGGCUCGGAGGGGGAGGAGGGUCCGGCCGGGGAGCAGCCCGGCCCCGGCACCUCCAAGCUCUGCGGGUACCUGCAGAAGCUGUCGGGCAAGGGGCCCCUGCGCGGCUUCCGCAGCCGCUGGUUCGUGUUCGACCCCCGCCGCUGCUACCUCUAUUACUUCAAGGGGCCGCAGGAGCCGCUGCCCCUCGGGCACUUGGACAUCGCCUCCGCCUGCUUCAGCUACCACCAGCCUGAGGCCGGCGCGGCCGCCGCGGGGGACGAGCCCGCCGCCUUCGAGGUGCACAGCCCCGGCGGCGCCGUCACCGUCCUCAAGGCUGCGACUCGGCAGGACAUGACCUACUGGCUUCAGGAGCUGCAGCAGAAGAGGUGGGAAUACUGCAACAACCUCGACGCGGCGAAACGGGACAGCCGGACCUCCCCCACCCCCAGUGACUUUUCCAAAGGUCUUGUUGCCAAAGACAACCCUGAUUUGAGUAUCCUAAGUCAAAAUACUUCUGCAGAGAGAGCUAGAAAUAUUCUAGCUGUGGAGACUUCUCCUACAGAGCUGGUGGGGGAACAAGCAGCUUCCCAGCCUGCACCAGUCCAAGCAAGUGCCAUCAAUUUCUCACUUAAACAAUGGAGUACUGAGAUCAAAAAUUCCAUGUCCUCCUUAAGAAAAGGAAGUAACGAAAAUCGCAAGAGUGUAUUUUAUACCACUGAGGACUGGGAACUGCUGGAUCCAACCCCAAAAGACUUGGAGGACUCAAUGGCUCUGGAAGAAAAGAGGAAACACCUGGCAGAAGGAAAUAAAGGACUGACUAGUACAGCUUUUCCAUUUGAUUUUGGCCGCAUUCCACACAAAGCAAGGCGCCCGUUGAAAGAUAUGAUUGGAUCGAGCAAAAACCGCAACAGCAGCGACUCUUCCCCAACAGAGUUCUGUUCUGGCAAUGGGAACAGACUGCUCUCUGAACUGCAACUGAAGUAUCAAAGCCAGCAGGAGGAGUUGGAGAAGCUAAAGAAAGAUCUUUUGAGCCAAAAGGAACUUGUUCGACUUCUGCAGCAAACAGUCCGAUCUUCCCAAUAUGAUAAAUACUUUGCAAGCCACCUUUGUGAGGGGGUUCCCAAAGAUAUGUUAGAGCUGUUGCACCAAAAAGAUGACCAGAUUUUGGGCCUCAACAAUCAGCUUGAAAAGCUAAAUCUGGAAAAAGAUAGUCUCCAGCAGGAAGUCAAAAAUCUGAAGUGUAAAGUUGGAGAACUCAAUGAACGGCUGGGAAUGUUGAUGGAAACUAUUCAAGCUAAAGAUGAAGUCAUCAUGAAACUCUCUCGUCAACUCAGUGAAUGUGAGGACAGCACAUCCUCUCAAAGUGGAGCAAUAAAUUCCCCCACGGCCACCUGUACUAAUAAGGAACUACAGGAACUGGACAGACUAAAAGAUAGUCUUCAGGGUUAUAAGACCCAGAAUAAAUUUUUAAAUAAGGAGAUUUUGGAACUUGCUGCUCUACGAAGAAAUGCAGAAGCAAGAGAGAGAGAAUGGCAGGCAAAGUAUACCAGCUUAGAAGCCAAACUCUGCCAGAUUGAAAGUAAAUACUUGAUCUUGCUUCAAGAAGUGAAAACUCCUGUUUGUUCUGAGGAUCAAAGUCCUGCUCGUGAGGUCAUCACACAGUUACUGGAAGAUGCCUUGAAAGUAGAACCUAGUGAACAACCAGAACAAGCAUUUUUCAAAACCCACCUGGUCAGUGAAUAUGAUAUAUAUGGUUUUCAGACUGUUCCAGAGGAUGAUGAUGAAGAGAAACUAGUAGCAAAAUCACGAGCUUUGGACUUAAGAUCACUUUCACUCAGUGAAAAUCGAGAGAUCUCCACAGGCGUGAAAUGGGAAAACUAUCUUGCAAGCACAAUGAAUAGAGAGAUGAUGCGCUGUGUGGAACUGAAGAACCUGAUUCGGUCUGGAAUUCCACAUGAACACCGUUCCAAGAUGUGGAAAUGGUGUGUCAGUCUCCAUGUUAAAAAGUUCAAGGACAGCACCAUUCCUGGCUACUUCCAAACCUUACUUCAAAAAGCUCUGGAAAAACCAAAUCCUGCAUCUAAGCAGAUUGAGUUGGAUCUCUUGAGGACUUUGCCAAACAACAAACAUUACUCCUCCCCAACAUCUGAAGGGAUCCAGAAGCUGCGAAAUGUGCUGCUGGCAUUUUCCUGGAGAAAUCCUGAUAUAGGAUAUUGCCAAGGGCUCAACAGGUUGGUAGCAAUUGCACUUCUGUACUUGGAACAGGAAGAUGCUUUUUGGUGUCUAGUAACAAUAGUGGAAGUUUUCAUGCCUCGUGAUUAUUAUACUAAGACACUGCUGGGAUCUCAGGUUGAUCAGCGAGUGUUUAAGGAUUUAUUGAGUGAGAAGCUUCCACGACUGCAUGCUCAUUUUGAACAAUAUAAAGUUGAUUAUACUCUCAUCACUUUCAACUGGUUUCUUGUGGUUUUUGUGGACAGCGUAGUUAGUGACAUCCUUUUCAAAAUCUGGGAUUCCUUCCUCUAUGAGGGACCAAAGGUAAUAUUCCGAUUUGCCCUGGCACUGUUUAAAUACAAAGAAGAAGAAAUCUUAAAGCUGCAAGAUUCGAUGUCUAUUUUCAAGUACCUUCGCUAUUUCACACGCACCAUCCUUGAUGCCAGAUCAGGAACCGCAGGGCCUAUCACCUGGAGAAGGUACGCCUGGAGCUGACCGAGCUGGAAGCCAUUCGCGAGGACUUCCUGCGUGAGCGAGAGACCUGCGUGGAAAAAAGAGACCUUAUUAGUGAUGAUGAGGAGGAUAGCUGAAACUGCUUAAUAUAAACUGUUCUUUGGGAUCAUGACCAAAGUGAGUUAACCUCCAAAACAGUUUUUUAAUCCUGCCAAACAGAAUGUAAACUUGUUGCUUUUGGAAAUAUGCAGGACAGAUUUCCAAAUCCCAGCACUUUCAGAAAUACCACUUUGUAUGGAGGCCAAACACUUCUGUUUACAUUUAUGUUCAUGGAAUCAUUUGUAGAGCACUUAAUAUCUGUCUCAGUUUAGUCAUUUAGCUGAAUUGACAGUUGUUUUCCCACAGUGCACCAUUAAUGCCUGGAUGUGAAAAAAUAAGAAAAGUCCAUGCUCUUUCAUUUAUUGUCAUUCUGAGUUCAGGGCUUUUAUGAUGUUUUUCCUAGUGCAGGCUCAAUGUGAGAGGACAUCAUAUUUCUUGGAUUCAGGUUGGCUCAGUCUAGCCAUUCUUGAGGUCACUAACCAGACAAGCACGGGAUAAAGAUUCCUUUGUCUUUUCCUGAAGCAUCAUGCCAUGGAUCACCAAACAAAACACUUGAAUAUAUGUACUCUAAAGUAAAGAUAAAAUAAGUACCUGUUUUUGUCACUGACUAUCGAGCGUGUCCUGAAACAGUGAUAGCAAACAUAAUUUCUACUUUUCAGGGCAGCUGUGUUGAUAAAGAUUCUCAUUAAUGCAAAGGGGUUUAUACAACAAGCUCUAUAUAAUCAAUUUUAUUUGUAUUCACUUUUUUGAUUGCAAUGGUUCAAAAAGGCCACAACCAAACUCCAGAAAUUAUGGAAGAGUGGAGUUUGUCACAGGAGUACCAUGCUUUAGGAGCUAAUUUUUUGCAUAUCUGUUGAAGGUUUGUUUUGUUAUGAUUUUUUAUUUCUGUGAGGGUUUUUUUGUUGGUUUUGGUUUUUUUCUUUUCUUUUAAUGCUUCUUCCUCUUUAGGACCUAAGGUGAAAUCUUGCUCUUUAAGAAGAGAGACAGCAUUCUUUCUGCAUGGUUGUAGAACUAUUGUACAAUAGUGGUAGGGACUGGGUUCAUAAAACAAAUAUUUACCAAUCAAUCAAAAGAACCUAAAGGUCACAAUGUGCACACAGGAACUGAAGAUCCGAUCCUUUUCCAACAGAAAAAUGCAAUAUUCUCCUAACGUGCUCAGCUUUACUGUGAAUGUUGGAUGCACUGCCUGCAAGGCAGCUGUAAGGAGCAGCAUCUGGGCUAUUGAGUGUUUCUGCUGUGCAAGUGUGACUGGGGACCAUUCUCUCUCAUUUAGUGACUAGCAGUGCUCAUAAAAGAUUGUGGUGAGAAGGAGGGUUUCUUUAUUGCUGGCUAUUCUGUGGACUUCUGCAAUGUUUCUUUCUUGAACUUUUGGAUCCUCAGAGUGUUGGAUUGACUAUAAUGUGUCAUGAUAAAACCAGGAUUCAAAUACUAGGCAGCAAAUCACUGGGCUCUGGGGAAGUGGUUAAUUGGCAAAGAACAAAACUAAUCAUUGGGAAGAGUCAAGUACAUCAAGCUUGUAUUUUAUGUGUUUUGUUUUGGUUUUCUAGAAGUAGUAGGACUUCAUUUGGUAUAAUCAUGUAAUCAUUUUAGUCAACUUAAGUGUGUGCAGAGAGAAAUCCUGCUUCUGUUUCACAGCACUUUUAAAAAAAUUAUUUUAGGUAGUGUAGUUGUAGCCUGCUCCAAGUAAGCAUAUUAUGUUAGUGUAUAUGGAAGGGAACUAUUUAAUCAGAGGUGAAGUUGUAACUUAGAGGACUACUUUUGAUAUAAAAUUUAUGCUUUCUGUAUGACACGUAAUUUUGACCUAGCCAGCAUAUCCUUGCCAAUGAGGGACUGAUGGUGUGAUCAUCUUGAUUUAUAUGAUACUAGUCUUCUAAAAUGUCCCCUAAAUUGUCUGUGGUAGGCAGUAGCUGGGGAUUUUUUCUAAUCCCCCCAGUUACUUUUGGUUGUGUACUGGAGGGUGGGAUUUUGAUAUUAUUGCAUGUACUGUAUUCUUUUCCUACUUACAAUCAGUAUUUGAAUGCAAAAAUGGGACCAGGUUUUCUAAUUUUCUAGUUAUGGUGUCUUGGUUUUGAAAGAGCUGGUCUCUAAAUCAAUAUGUAAUGUAGGCUUUGUGUUUGUAUGUUUGUUUUAAUGUUGUUUUCAAGUGUUAAGUGAUUUUUUUUUAAGGUGAAGAUCUUCCUUUCAGUGACCACAAGUGAAAUACUAAGGUGAAGAAUUUAGAUACUUGUACUUAGCCUAUUCCUACAAUCCAUUUUUCUUUGGCUUUGAGUCUUCACUAUGAACUAGUCCAAUGACUCCUGGAGAUCUUUUCAGACUUGUUGCAUUGAAGUGUUUGGCUUGUGAAGACAAAACUAACUUCAAGGCAAUGGUUCAGGAAGUUCUCUAGCUGACAAUACAUGACCUGCAAUAUUACAGGACCAUUUUUGUUAGAGUUGUGCUGAUGGUUCAGUUUGUGUGUGCAUGUGUUGCUGUGUUUCAUUCUAUUAAGUUGUUUCCAGUGAUACAUUAAAACUAAGUAGCUGUUUCUUCUGCCACAGUGGGACUGUUACUGAUGAGUGUUAGGGACCCUGUGCAAGUUGUGUUGUCUCUGGGUGUUUUUUCAGCUUGCAGAUACGAAAUGACUCAAUGCUGUUAUGCUCAAUUUCCCAGCAAGUUGUUGGCUUCAUUUUGUUAAGCCUUGUUACUGAUUUAGUGAUGAGGUAAAAGGUCAAAAAAUUGCAGAGGUUUCUCACCUCUGUCCACUAGAAGUCUCUGUGGAACAAAAAUAAGAGGCGUUAUAGCAGGAAGUAACAUCAGGGCAGCUUGCCUUGCUUGCUGUUGCAAAUGUCGUUGUGUGACUUAGUUUUCUAGUGGUGCUUAAAUCUGGUUACCUUGCAGAGUAGUAACUCAUUAGGGACAUGCAGGGCACACAGGCAGUGUUUAAACCUGAUUAAACCAGGCCAAAAUACAGCGUGCCUCAGUGGCCUGCCAAAGCUGAACUGCUUGGAGCCCAAGACUUUGUGUUUGUGUGUGAACUUCUGAAGUGGUGCGUGAGGUUUACCAUUCAUGGCAGCCAGAUAGUGGGCAAUUGACCUGUUCAUGCACAUAACAACUGCCAAGGUGAUACUUUAACUUCAAGGCCAUGCACAUAAUGUGCAAGGAGUUCCUCACACGUGGUUCCCAGAAUAUGAUAGAACCCAGAGCGCUAAGUUGCAUUUUGCAGAAUAUUCCUCCAUCUCUACUCAUGUAUGCAUCGCCUCCCAGUGAAACUUUUCAUUAAAGGGUCUAUCAUCUUCUGUUAAACAGGCAAAAAAUUGGUGCACUACACCUCUAGUUAUUAGAACUGCACAGUAUUUCAGCUUGACCUGUACAAGUGUACAGGUAGUGUUAUCAGUGUUAUCACAUUGUUUGCUGUUCAUUUUACCAGCUAUGUAAUCAGUAAAAAGGAUUUUCCUUUUGUUGCCCUUUCGGUGUCUUCUGUGAGAAAUUCUCCCCUUCUCGUCAGUGUUUGUAAACGUGGUAAGAUAUUUCAGCAGAAAGGGAAAGAUUUUUUUUCUUCCAUAUAAAAUAUCUGAAAUUAAUGACUGGUCUUAAAUUUUACAGAGCUGUAUGUUCAGACACAUCACCGAGAAAUGGCAAAUUGAUUAAUUUAAUGAAAUUGUGUAGCUGUUAAAGUGACUGUUCCCUUAAGUGCCAUGUUAAAAAUCAGCAAUAUGCGGUACAAGAAAUUUGAAUCACAAAUGUAAGUGAUGUUAUCUUCAUAAAGAUUGAUGUAAAGAAAAAAUAAAUUGUUUAUUGCUUUAUA